ACGAGACUGUUUUCAUAAAUUUACUGAGUCAUGCGAAAGCGAAAAUGACGUCAUUUUUGACCCAUUUUUUUCUGGACGGUAUUUUAUUCGCGCGAUGGACCGUGUAUUUUAUACUGGACUACAAUAGGACUUAGUGGACAGUAGUUUGGAAAAGUUUUCGGUAAGAAAAUAUUAGUACCUUUGUAGGCUAAAUUUGCCUUGACUUUUUGAGACGUACAAUACGUAUUGGGGCAGACAAUGUGCUAUAAGCCAUCAGGCAUAUCUAAACAACAAAGCCAGUGUAUAUACAUUAGUGUAAGAGCUCAUAUUCCUUGCAGCUAAAUUAGGUAAGAGGUAUAAGAAAGGACUUUGUUAUGGUGUAGCAUCAUGUGUGUAUUUCACUUGAUUUUUACACGUGCUAGUUACUUUGCUAGUUACACAAUGUUUUUUAGUUAACAUAACGGAGAGUUAGCAAAACGACAGUAAUUAUAUAAAAAAUGUCAAAACAGCAGAAGUGUUUUACUUUAUUUCGAGUGUAUAAAGCAAACAGAGCAAUAACAGCAAUUGCUUUAUCGAAAACAUUGUACUAACUCAUUAAAACACCCAAUUUUUUCAGAUUCUGAACUUAUAUGAUGUGUAACUUAAACUACUGAAUUUGCAAUUUGGUAAAAACAAGGAUAAAGAAAAUGAAUAUAUUGAUAUUCUUAACAACUGUGAGCAGUUUACUGUCUUGUUAUGCUGAAUCAGACAUCAAUGUAUUCGAGGUGUGUGGAAAUGAAGCAAUAAUUACAUUGGACGAAGUUUGUGACGGAAUCGACAACUGCCAAGAUGGGUAUGCCUCUGAUGAAUGUAACUGCAACGAUACGCGUUUCGUAUGCGCCAAAAAAUGUGUGCGUGCGGUUAACUUAUGCGACGGGAUAGAUGAUUGCCAAGACGGCUAUGCGAGCGACGAACACAACUGUAAUGGAGGGGGAUAUACAUUCGUAGGUUCGAAUUGUAAUCGUCGUGACGCAGUAAAAUGCGCCGAUGACGUUACAUGUGUACUUCUAAACCAACUAUGCGACGGUGUAUACGACUGUCCGGACGAUUCUGAUGAGAUUUUCGCGGGCCCAGGUCUCAAGUGCGUCAUCAAAUCGUCUCGUGACGUCACGUGCACGCUGCCCCAACCUAACCUAUAUGACGUCACAGGGCAAUGCGCCCAAAACGAAGAUCUUUGUUUUGAUAAGAACGGCGAAAGAACAGACAUGUGUUUUCAGUGUCUUGAUGGUUCACACAUUAUCUCCCGAUUUCAAGUGUGUAACGGUAUUUUGGACUGUAGUGACUUCUCAGACGAAUGUUUGUGUGAAACGAUUAAGACAAAAGAAAUUUGCCAAGAUCUCUAUGUGCAAAACAUUCAACCAAGCGUGUCGUGCGAAGGUUGGUCGGCAAAUGAUGACGUCACCGACACAGAUUCGAACAUGUGGAUAGAAGCUACGAUUCCCUGCGGAGACGGCACUUGUACACCGUCUAGCGGCGUGUGCGAUGGGUAUUAUGAUUGCGACAGUGAAGCAGACGAAAAAUAUUGUUUUUCGUCGUCGUCCCUUGAACUGAUUGAUUUUCUAAACAGCAACUUGAGAAAAGAGAACACUUCAGUUGCUGCUUUAUCGAAUCGUACCGAUACCGUAACCCGUAAAAACGGUACAGUUUUUUGCAGUCAUUUUGCUAGGGGCUCAAUCUACGCUAAUAAAUGCGAUGGUAACCCAAACUGCGACGAGCUUGGAAUAGACGAAUGCUUGCUAGAAUGCGAAGAACGUCCCCCUUUUUGCGACGUGAACAUAACUUGCCUAUGGGCGCCACAAAUCUGUGAUGGGAUUUGGCAAAGCGAUGUAGACUGUGGGGAACGAAUUAAUGAAGAAGAAUUGAAUUGCCCGGGACGGUUUUACUGCAAAAAUGGCGUCUCUAUCAGCAUAAGCAUAACUCAGGUCUGUGACGGAGUUAUUAACUGCGACGACGAAUCUGAUGAGGCAGUAGAACGAAACUGUGAAGACGGGAGAUUUUACUGCGAAGUUCGAAGAAACAACACUGAUAGACUUGUUAAAGAUGCCUUUUUUGUGCACAAGAAUCUUAUGUUUAAUGGUCGAUUUGACUGCUCUGAUGGGAGCGACGAGUGCCCGAGUACUUUGGAUACUAACGCCUUUAGUUCUAGAGACGAAAUGAUAGGCAGUGCUGCAUUAAAAGGUAUAUUAUGGGUUAUUGCGCCUUUGGCUUUGAUUGGGAAUUUGGUCGUAAUCUGGACGACAACCAAAAAGAUCUUGAAAAAAGCAAAGAACCAGAUUUCGGAGAUACAUUACUUCAUGGUUUUGAAUUUGGCUAUUGCUGACGGCCUAAUGGGCGUUUAUUUGAUCAUAAUAGCGAUUAUGAGCGUGCAGUUUUCUGGAAAGUACUGCUACAUGGAUAAAAUUUGGAGAAGCGGACAACUUUGCCGCUGGAUUGGAGCAUUGCUUGUUGUUUCUACUGAAGCAUCAGUGAUGAUAUUACUAGUAAUGGGCGGAUUCAGAUUCUAUACAAUUUUCAGACCGUAUGGGUCACAGUUUUCUGAAAAGAUGGGAAUAUACAACAAGCUGUUGAUCCUUUUAGCGUGGCUGCUUUCAGCAGUGCUAGCUAUUGUACCUUUAAUUUUAAGCGAUUUUGACAACCUGCUUUGGGUCUCAGGAGUCUUUUUCGUGGACGAUACAGUGUCUAAGACCGUUUUUGCCGAGUAUAAUAGAAAAGUCAACGAGCUACAGAAAUUGGCUAACUUUACAGAAGUUGUAAAGAAUAUAACUACCGCCAAUGGAACUACUUUAUAUAAAAGUAAAAUUCUACCUGAUGUAAUGAUGCGGGGAACAUUUGGUUUCUACUCGCAGAAUAGUAUUUGUUUACCAAGUUUAUUUACAAGGCCCCCUGAUCCUGGAUGGCAGUUUACUGUUACGGUUAUAACAUUCAAUUUUGCGGCUUUUAUAAUGAUGGUGUUAUUCUAUGGGCUAAUUUGGAAGCUGUCAAGCGAAGAAAGGGACAAGUUACUUGCCGCAAAUGUUCCUACUGGCGGAAAACUGAAUUAUAAGAAGUGCAAACUACAGGCCCGAGUUACCAGGCUGCUAUUUACAGAUUUUACAUGCUGGAUUCCAAUUUGUAUUAUGUCUUAUAUACAUUUAAGCGGGAUUGACAUUAGCGGUAAUGCUUACGCAAUAUGUGGAAUCGUACUACUACCUAUUAACAGUGCUUUAAACCCGCUUUUGUAUGCUGGAUUACUGGAUAAGGCCUGGAAAAAAUGGAAACAGUGUUGUAAGAAAGACAACACAAGCCAAUCUGGUGAAGGCAAAAACAAGAAGGGCUUUUUAGAAAGGUUUCAGUUAAAAAAUUCUAGAAGUAACGAUUAUGAAAUAAAUUCUGAAGAUCGGCCAAGUGCAGAAUUUGCUGUUACGACGUUAACUACUAUUAGCGGAUCACCAAUUGUUACGAAAAGAUAGUAUUUUUUAAGUUUUGUGUUUACAACGUAGUUUUACUGAAUUAUCAGCAUUUAUUUUGUGUUUUUCAUACGUCGUGUAACAUUGUAUAGGUUGGGGUGAAAUGAGAUUUUUUCAUUCUAUUAUGUUGUUUCAUUUGGUAGUAAACAAU